UACCGAUGGCGGAUUCCAAUCUAGAUAUCCACAAAAUUAUCGCAGAAAAGGAAAGCAUCUUAUGAGCGGAAGACCUUCGUCAGAGAUGACAACAUUGCUGAAAUGAAAUCUUCUAAGAUCGAUUGUGACACCCUUGUGGCAUUUAUUUCCAAUUAAUAGUCAUUUCUACCUGAAACUGAUACAGUUAUCGUACGUACCGUGCUUUACAAGGGACCCAGUGUUUAAGUCCAAAACAUCAAAAGAAGUCAGGUCCACGGUAAAGGAUUAGCUUCAUGACAAGGUAUGAUGUAAGCUUCAAACAGAGAUUAAUCCUUCGGCAUUAGCUGUCCACUGAGCUGACCAGAACCACAUGAUGGUGAUGGCAAGAUGGCCGCUGAUUCCACAACUGUCUAUAAAACAGCGGUACAGAACAUCUUAACUGGGAGACUGCAGGAAGUACCAGAACUCCCACGACAGACCGUGAAAAUCUACGUGUGUUCCAAUUACUCAGAUUUUGAAGUUGAAAGGACUGCUCUACUAAAAGACACUUUCCCCACACUUCAACAUCAUUGCCUGAAGUUCGGGAUUGAUCUCCACUGGAUUGAUGUCCACCAUGGCUGUCAACUGGACCAUGCCAAGGACACGCACAGCUUUCAGCGCCACCUGGCGACAAUGGAGGAGUGUCACAGGAAGUCCUCGGGCCCUUUCUUCAUUUGCCUUUUGGGGUCAAAAUAUGGGGACUGUCCUCUUCCAAGUUUUCUGGACGAAGCAGAGUUUACACACAUCAGAAAUGAAGCAUUUGAGGGUGGAAAAGACAUCCGUCUCUUGGACGACUGGUACGUAAAGGAUGAGUAUGCUGUUCCCGUCCUGUAUAAGCUGAAACCUCUACAAGAUGUCUACAAAAACAUCCAAUUUAGAUCUAGUGGAAAUCAGAGAGAACACGAGAGAAACGUAGAGGAAUGGUCAGCUACAUACACAGGUCUUUUGGACAUAAUCCAAUAUGGCGCUAAAAUAGCUCACGACGAAGGAAACAUUAAUCAGGUUCAUCUUCAGAAACAGGAACGUUUUUUCACCUCAGUUCUUGAACAGGAGGUUUCACUAGCUUUGAAAUUGGGCUGCAAGGAAGGAGUUUUUAUUUUCAGAAAUAUAGAAGUGAGUGAGAAAAAAGACAUCAAAGCCGUCUUUUAUGACCUUGACCUCAACGGAAUUCCAGACAAGGACAAACAGGAAAGACUCGGCAAUUUAAAAUGUGAGGUAGACUCAAAGAUUUCUAAUUCAAAUAAAUUCACGUUUACUUUACAAUGUGAAUCCAAAGGUAUAUCAAAAGAAAAUUCGGAACAUGUGACAUAUCUUGAAAACUUGACAGCUGCAGCCGCAAUGGGCUUGAGAGAUUUAUUUGAUGAAUCUGAAAAGAACAAACUGCAUUUUCCGUCAACGAAAAAAGGUGAACUUUGCCUUGAGACAUUGAUACACUUACAUCAUUGCAAAGAAUUAAUGAAGAACUACCAUGGAGGUGGCUUGGACUUUCUCUUAUCCAAGAUACAGGUGCUGCUAAUGAAUGGAACAAGAGUUGAUCACCCACUCAUAAUUAUCAAAGGGGAUACUGGAUGCGGAAAAUCUCACUUCCUAUCUAAAAUAUGUUUUCGAGCGAGAGAAUUAUUUGGAAAGGAUAUGAUACUUAUACCAAGAUUCAUAGGAAUAACACCAAAAUCAAAGGAUAAGCAGCAAAUUCUUAGGGAAAUUUGUGUUCAACUAAACUUUGUUCUUCAGCAGAACAUUUGUUUGGAGGAGUAUGAUGGAUCCCAUCUCACAAAUUACUUUUAUGGUCUUGCGAAUCGUAUUUCUAAAGGUCAGCGUCAUCUAGUGCUUGUGCUGGAUGGUGUUGAUAACUUAGAGAGCCAUGAUAAGGAAGAAAUGAACUAUAUGAUUGACUGGUUCUCGAUAAAGCUACCCCCUAAAGUGCAUCUCAUUAUUUCAUACAGGCCAGGCAAAGAUCAUGUUUUUCAAAAACUUGAAGCCAAAACAAACAAUGCUAUAGACAGUAUGGUGAUCUUUCCAGGUUGGACGCAUGACAGAAUAAAAGACGCACUGACUUUUAAUCUGUCUAAGAAUAAGAGAGUAAUGGCCAAAAACAAAGAAAAACAAUUCAUUAAACUGCUCCUGAAAGCCUCACCGUUCGUCAUUCAAAAUGCUCUGAAACUUUUAAAAGAAUGGCAUGUAAACUACAAUGUCAUAAACAACCACUUUCCAAUUUCAAAUGAAGAAAUAGUUCACAAACAUAUAGACCAGUUGGAGUUUACGUUUGGAACAGAGGUCGUAGAAGCGAUGUGUCGAUACUUUACCUUGUCGAGUUUUGGUUUGAGUGAAACAGAACUUCUGGACAUAUUAUCUUGCAACAACGAAGUCAUACUGUCUGUUUUAAGAUAUAGCAACUCUGAGGUGUUCCGAUUUCCAUGGUUCCUGUGGAUUUAUCUCAAAUCAGAGAUAGGAUUACUUCUGUCUCAGCGUUUCGUCCACCGAAAACUUGUCUUGUGCUGGUCCCAUGAUUUUGUAGAGGAUAUCAUUCGGCGGAGAUAUAUGGCCAAUGUUGAUAGUAUUGGAGUUAUCCAUUCCGAUCUGACGGAACUUUUUCUGGAGACGUGGACGGAGGGUAAACAGAUGCUGGUCCACGAGAACUCGCUGGUGGAGGACGACAUCCAGAGAUAUGUGUGUCACCAGCCUCUUCUCUAUAGUGAGACCAAGUACAACAACAGGAAGAUCAACGAACUGUGGAUACACAUACUGCAGUUAGGUGACGCAAAGCGGUUAAAGGAACACACCUUGUGUAACUUUGAGUAUUUGCUCUCAAUGAUUGACUCCUCGUCCAUCAACACCGUCCUACAGAACUUCCGAUUAACACUGUCCAGACUUGUUGAUGCUGAAAUCUUUCUGAUUUACAACUGCUUGUUGAAAUCAUCUCCUGUCCUUGCUCGGCAUCCGACACAAUUAGCUAAUGAGCUGAUCGGGUAUCUAAGAGAUAUCAAAGAUUUUUACCCUUGUUUCACGGAAUCUCUUGUGACCCAGAGCAUGCAGUGGUGUGACACAUACAACGAGCCCUUGUUUAUUCCUAUGACGUCAUGGCUUCCAAGUCCCCACAUUCCGCUUGUGGCAGCAUUGGACGGUCUAGAUGGAGCGAAUCUCAUUGCACCACUGAACAACAACCAGCAUAUUCUCUGUUCUUAUGGUCUUCUUGACAUUGCAAUGUACCACGUGCCAUCCAAAAAGUUACUAAAGCUGUUUUCGGGUCACAGAAGUACUAUCCGGUGCCUGAUAUUGUCAAACCAGGAACAGUUUUGUAUCAGUGGAUCAGAGGAUGGGACAGUUAGGUUCUGGAAAUUUGCUGAAGGUCUUUGUACACGUGUCAUAAGGGAGCACCUGGGCGCUGUUCUAUGUCUCAGCAUGACCCCAGAAGAUGACGUCAUAAUCAGUGGAUCUGAUGACACAACUAUUGUUCUGUCCUCUGUGUCUACAGGAAAGAGAACUGAUGUUUUGAAAGGUCACACAAAAGCAGUGACAGCCCUUAAGCUCAACAGCAAUGCUGAUCUUUUAUCUUCAGCUUCUCGGGACACAAAGAUUAUUGUUUGGUGCAUGAAAGAGAAGACUCAGUUGCUGACGGUGGAUGACAUUCAUUCUCCUAUUUCCUGUAUAGAUCUGACGUCUGACAACACGUUUUUGCUUGCAGGCUGUGAGGACGGGAGUCUGAAUGUGAUAUCAUUCACCACCGGUUCCUGGAUUCACCAGCUUAAAGGACACAAAGGAUGGGUACGCACUCUGACUUUGGCUAAUAACUGUCACCAUGUGUUUGCUGGUUGCCAAGACAACAUGGUUUAUAUGUACAACUUCAGGACCACAGAACUUAUAGAUAUUUUCCAGGGACAUAGCUCCGCAGUCACACAUGUAAAAAUUUCCUAUGACCAGUCAAUGGUUUUCAGUUCUUCAGAGGGUAAAAUUAAUUUAUGGAGUUUCCUGCCAAAACUUACGAACAACGUAGAAAAUGAUGACCAUAUCUGUACCGUGACAUGCGUAGCCAUCACGACUGACGCUAAACUCGCUUUAUCAGGGGCCACAGAUGGAGAAAUCAAACUAUGGGACCUUGAAAUGAACGCGUAUUCCGAGAGUUUUCUGGGGCAUAGUGGCGCCAUUACAUGUAUCGAACCCUCCUCUAAAUCUGCUUUUAUAGUGACAGCAGCCGAGGACAAGAGGAUUAAAGUCUGGAGUAUGACUCUAGCCACGGUCAUUGUAAGCUAUGAGAAACACGAGAACUUUGUGAGACAGAUGAAGAUUCUGGGGGAUGAUAUGAGAAUCGUGUCUUACGAUAUCCUUGGACACUUUCAUUUAUGGCGGGCGGAUGAAGGCACGACUUUGAUGACGUUUGACAGACAAGCAUCUACCUUCAUAUUAUCAACAGAUUGUCAGUUACUCAUCACUGCUAGGGGAGAUAACUGUGCACGAGUUUGGAAAACUGACACAGGAACGUUGGUUACUGGUGUCAGUCAUACAGAAAAGAUCACGUGCCUCUGUUGUGAUAAAAAAGACCGAUUCCUGGUAACUGGUUCUGAAGACAAAUCGUGUAAGGUCUGGGACCUGACCACGGGAAAACUUACCCAGGUUUUAGUAGAACACAGUACUAGUGUUGUCAGAGUUGCUAUUAACAGCGGUGGAAGCGCCGUUAUUUCAGGAGCCAGCGAUGGGUGUAUCAUGGUAUGGGAGGUAUCCAGUGGGGAGUAUCGCCAUAAACUCAAUUGUCACACAAUGUGCAUAACAGCCUUAAAUUUUCUUUCCAACGAGCAUUUUGUAAUAUCAUCAUCUAAGGAUGGAACCAUCAGGUUGUGGGACGUACUUUUGGGUCUCCACGUGACUAUGAUUGACAUGCACCACCCUGUUAUUAACCAUGUAAUGUCAGACGACUGCUGUAAGAUUGUUGUCCACCUAGAGAACAGUAAACAUGUGCCUCUUCUGUGUCUCCAUAACUCUCCUGAACCGUCCAAUUCGCUCAAUUCUCAGCCACAUUUCAGCUACACGGAUAGAAACGAAGAUAUAAGUCCCGUUUUACCUAUACAUCCAAAGAUUUCAUCAUGUGACAGAUAUUCCAUUGUGUAUCCCAUUCCUCAAAGACCGGAACCACGUGAUUCGGGACCUUCACCUCUACCAGAAAUAAUUCAACUUUCACCGAUCAGAGCGCCACAGAAGACUGUCUUUAAGAAGACGAUUCGGCCUCGUGUCAGAAUCAACAUAAACAGAGAGAAAAGGAGGAGAACUCCCCGUUCUCAGGAAUCAGUCCUUUGUAACAUCAUCUGAUUAUAAAACAACUCAAGUGCUGCUCAAACAAUAUUGAAUCAAUUUAAGUGAAUAUAAAGUACCUUGCAAUGUACAUUUUUAUCUUUGGCAUGCCAAGGUUUUUCUCUCCGUUACGCUCUCACAAAACCCUUUCUAUACUGAAGCUUGAACGAAACGAAAACGAAAAACUGUUUUAAUCAUGUAUGUGUUUUUAAUCUUUUUAUAAUAAAGUUUCACAUUUUUAUAUCAUA